AUGGCACCCCUCGACGAUGUCCAGGUGGGCGACCUGGUCAACGUCCCCGGCGGCAUGUACGGGACGGUCAAAUACCUGGGAUCUGUGGCGGGUAAACCAGGCAAGUUCGCCGGCAUUGAACUUGCCUCGGAGCAUGCCAGGAGGGGGAAGAACAACGGAGAUGUUGAAGGCAAACGUUAUUUCUCCACGACGAUUCCCGGCUCUGGGAUCUUCGUGCCGAUGAACAACAACAAAUAUGUCACCAAGCGUGCUUCCGGUCCAGGCUCGACCAUCAGCGCUGGACCUCCCACACCCUCCCGGCCCGUCAACUUCAGCAAGUCUAUCGGUCCCGGUACUUCAGUGCGCGCCCCCCGAGUGAGACGGCCGUCCCUCCCCCGGCCCGAGUCGCCCAGAGGUCCGCCACCUUCGAAGUUGAGUCUGGCGGGUCUACGGACCCCGUCUGUUGCAUCGAGGACCACAUCGACACACGGCUUUCCGCGAAGUCCAGUCAAGGCUCCCUCCCGCGCCUCUGACCGCCCGCCGUCGCGACUGAGCACCGAAGACGAGAUUUCGUCGGCCCGUACCUCGGACUUUCACCAGUCCUCCGUGGCAGCAGAGCUCCAGGAGGUACGGGAACAGGUGCAGAGCCUGGAGAAGCAAUUGCUGGACCGCGAUAGGCAGCUGGAUGAACAAGCAGCCACACUAUCGGAUUUCCAGCGGACCUUGGAAGAACUGGAAGGUUCCGACUCCCUCUCAAUCCGGGCUCAGUUGCGCGAGAAGAAUGAGAAGAUCGCGCAACUGACCGCGGAGUUCGACCUGCACAGGGCAGAUUUCAGAAGUACUUUGGAUACUUUAGAGGUUGCUGCCUCAGAAACGGAGCGCGUCUAUGAGCAACGCUUAGAUGAAUUGAUGCAACAGAACAAAGAGCUACAAGAACGAGGGGAGGAUGUCGAAGCAGUUGCAAGGCAACUGAAGCAGCUGGAGGAACUAGUCUCCGAGCUUGAAGAGGGUCUUGAAGAUGCCCGCCGCGGAGAAGCUGAAGCCAGAGCAGAGGUGGAGUUUCUGCGGGGGGAGGUUGAGCGCACGAAGCUCGAACUCCAGAAGGAACGCGACUCGAAGGAGCCUCAAGCCGCCUCCGAUGGACAGCACCACUUGAGGGAGUUGGAACAGAAGGAUGACGAGAUUCGUGGUCUCAAGGCUAUUAUCCAUUCCCUUAGUCGUGGUGACCCUGAUCUGCACGCUAUUCAACAUAAUACCGUGGGGACAAGCCCUUCACCCGAUCCUCAGCCUGACCAUCAACCAGAACAGGUGGCUCACCUCGAGCAACGGGUAGAGGAGUUCGAGCGCCUGUCGGAGCGGAAGACGUAUCGCAUUGAGGAACUGGAACGCGAGCUUCAGCAAAUGCAAAUCAACGGUGGUGGUCGCACCCGCAGCUCCACGUUGACUACAGCGCCGAAUCAUCAAAAGCCGGCGAGCACUAACGGAUCGAACUUUGCCAAUGGCAACGUGAUCAACCAUGCACACCGUCUCUCGGAUCAUACGGUGGUCCCAAGCGAUUGGCAAGAUCCACAUCAACAUGAAGGCCAGUACCAAGCCUAUUCGGUACGCCACCGCGCUAUUUCGGAUGCAUCCCAUCGUCUAGAAACAAUGCACGAGUUGGAUGCUCGCUCAGAAGACGGUGGUUCAUUGUGGUGUGAGAUUUGCGAAACAGGUGGUCAUGAUAUCUUGAGCUGCACCAACAUGUUUGGUGCUGAGAACAGGGACAAGACCCCUGAGCCCGAGGAGCCGCACCAUGAUGACAGCUCUGUAGACGAAAAACCUACCCCUGGAACUUCCACAGCGGAGCCGUCUACGUCUUCGACCCCAGAAAGCACCACCCCGCAAAAGACCGGACGUGAUGCCGUGCUGGAGGGACUCAGAGGGGUAGGUUUGACAUCAUCCAUGGCGCCUGUUGCAGGAAAAGCAAGCGGCGUGAUCGAUGAGUCCAAGUGGUGCGCUCUGUGUGAGAGAGACGGCCACCAGAGUAUUGACUGCCCCUUUGAUGAUUGA